AUGGAAAUUACCGUAACUUUACAAGCUGUCAGGAAAAAGGUUGACUUUUCCCUUCCUUUUCUUCCUUUUCUUCUGGCUCACCUGACGCUCGUCUUUUUCCGCUUUUUUCGGUUUUUUCGGUUUUUCGCCUUUUUCUCGCGCUUUUUCCCUCCUUCCCUUGCGCUCUUUUUUACCUCCUUGCUGACUAAUAAAUUACAGUACCAAAGCAAGGCCCUUGUACCAGCUUUACGGCCAUUUUUUCCCUUUUUGCGCCUUCACCUCGUGAUUCUGCCUCUGCUCGCCGUCUUCCCUUUUCUCUUCUUCUUCCUCCUCCCCUUCAACCUCCAACCUUCAACCUCACCAUCUUCAACCACGCACCGCACACCACCACCACCACCAACACCAGCUCCCCCCUUCGUCACCGGCACUGUUGAUGCCCUUCAGCUCUGCUCAUAG